UUUUUCUUUCUUGGUAUGGUCGAUACUACAGUGCAGUAUAUACCGACAUGUUCUUUAAUUUACGCAGUUAUUCACAUUAAUAUACGUUGGUCUACGUCCGCUGACAUUGUAUUCAUUGAGGCGUUGAUCUGACACUAGAGAUCGAGAUUUGGUGAAAUUAUAGAUUGUUGUAUAAAAAUAUUGAAUAUUCAAUCAAUUUUGAUAUCGUAUAUUUUAUUUUUAAGCUGCCGUUUAUUCUACAGAUACAAAUAAUGCCACGCGGAAAAUUUGUCAAUCACAAAGGCCGUAAUCGCCACUUUACGAAUCCCGAAGAAUUAGAAGAACAACGUCGCCAGGAGGAAGAAAAACGUCAGUGGAGAAAAAAUAAAGGUAAUGAGUCAUCUAGUGACGAAGAAGUGGAACCUAAAGCACGUGGAAGUAGGAACAAAUUGAAAAAUGUAAGUGCAUCUGAAACAGAUAGUGAAACUGAAUCGGAUUCCGAGUCGGAAACAGAGGGUAAGGCAAAAGGAGUUGAGAAUUUAAUUCAGGUGGAGAACCCAAACAGAGUACAAAAAAAAGCAAAAAAGUUAUCACAACUCAAUCAAUCAUUAGACUCUGCAAAGCCUGAAUUAUCGCGGAAAGAAAAAGAACAAUUAGAAAGGCAGAGGGCCUAUGCAAAUUAUCAGAAAUUGCAUGCUGCAGGAAAAACUGAUGAAGCUCGAGCAGACUUAGCGCGAUUAGCAAUAAUUAAGCAGCAACGAGAAGAGGCUGCAAAACGAAGAGAAGAUGAGAAGAAACAAAAAGAAUUAGCACAACAAAAGAAAACUGAAUUGACACAAAAGGCACUGGGUAAAAGAACCUAGAUUAUUAAAAUCAUUCAAAUUAAGUUACGUUACUAUCUACAUGUUAUAUUGUGCUAAUUUCCUAUACAAUUGAAAUCCUACUUUCAUAUUAUUGAAAAUGGACUAAAUGAAUUUAAAUAAAUAUUUACUCUGAGUAUUUGAUGAGUAUGUCCUAAAUUGUAUAAAAUACAGUUAUUAUAAUAAUAUUUGAAA